ACAGCAGAGAAAAUGUGUCAAAUCAAAUUUACUAAUUUGACUUUUCCAUUUCCAAUCAAAAAGUCAAAACAAAGUUGUACAAAAAGUUGUGGAUUUGUGCCUAUUUUCUGUUUAUUAAAAAAAUAAACAAUCGCAUCUCUGCUAUUUUAUUUUAAUUUUUAGUUUGAUGCAAUGGAAUGCAAUUGGAUAAAGAUAUCGCCAAGUUUGAGCAAAGGUGUUGGAGUCAUCAAUCAGCUAGACGAAACGCGUUUCGAACAGUUCCUUCGUCGUAUAGUUGCAAAGUUAAAACUUCAGAGUUCAGAAAUAUUUACAGAAGAUGAAAGAACCAAGCUGGAGAAAAUAUUUGGUAUUGAUCAGGAAAGCUUAGUGUUGAGCAUUAAAACUUUGCAAUACAUAUUUAAAAGGAUGCUAAAAUAUAUUUUUAUGCCUGCCAACUUGAAAAAUGAUCUCAAAGGUAUAGGAUUUAAUAAUGAAAAGUCUGAUUCACUGGUGAAAGUUUGGUCAGCAGAGACAAGAACAACUCUUAAUGAACUUGGUUCUAAAACAAACGAAAACAGUGAAUCUUUGAAUUUUUCAUGGAAGUUAAAUGCUGAAUUGAGUUCAGAUUACCGAAAGAAGUGUAAGGUUCCGAAAGCUUAUUUGUCAUUACGAGAUACAAAAGACACUGAAAUAGAAUUGACCCAUCCUGAGUUAUAUUCAAUUUUUCUUCAAUUUGAAUCUAUUCAGAAUGACUUGGAUAAUUUAAUUAAAUAAAUAAAUAUUUCUUGUAUCAGUUAUGAAAGUGGAAUUGGAAUGAUGUGAUCUAUGUGAUGGACCAAGACAAUGAUGAUAAAAUGCAUAGGCAAUAUUGUUAUUAUCAUAGAAAUAAAUAUAACUAUCUAGCCUAGAUCUGAAGGCAAUUUUGUAAUAUUU